CCGCCGCCACCGCCGGCAGUCGCCGCCAGCAGCCUCGUCUCUCUCUCCCGCCACAGCGACCUCAGCCUCCCGCUCGCUGCCCGCUUCCCGUCGUGCACAAUGUCCAGCUUGUUCGGCUCAUCCGGCAAAUCGACCCCUCCGCCAGACAUGGCCACUCGCAAGCAGGCCUUCAUGGACAGCUACCGCCAGGAAAUGGCUCUCACCAACGCACAGGAGCUGAUGACUAAAUGCAACGAGAAAUGCUUCGCCAAGUGCGUCGCAAAGCCCGGCAGUUCGCUCUCCGGUUCAGAACAGACAUGUCUGAGCAACUGCUUGCAGCGUUACAUGGAGGCUUUCAACAUUGUCAGCCGGACGUACAUCUCUCGGGUUCAAAAAGAGCGUCUUUCAGAGAUUGCAUGACCGUUUGCUUGGUACCGUCCAAGUACAUGUAUUUCCGCGUAGUGCGAUAAUUCAGCUGGCUCGUUUCUUGCGACACCGA